AUAGCGGGAUUCUUUUAUAGCUGAAUAAUAAUCCAUUUUAGCGAAAAAUUUUAAAUUUUUAUUAUUAAUAUAAGUAUUAUUGCGUCUUUAUUGUCCAAAAAGCAGGACAGGCUGACUGCUAGCUCUCCCAACUGUUAAUCUAAUCAGUAUCCCUCACUGUUAAAGCCUGGCCAUGAACUGAAUCAUCAUAUGAUAACCAUUAUUUCACGAUUUGGAUAAAGUUUAUUACAAAAUUCAGAGGGUAUUGACAUAAAAUAUUAACAUGUUUUAUGAAUCGUAGGUUAGUGUCCAUCCACAGCUCCGGAUAUUUUGUCACAGUUUUAAACUCUAUAUCAACCUUAUUCAUUGUUAAUUUCAGGGUAUUUUUUACCUAUUUUUGUGGUCCAAAUAAUAUGGCAUAAAACUUUGGGUUACAGACUGAAGAUAUACCUAUAUCUUUGUAGCUGCAUCAAAUACUCCAUUUGCUUGAAAAGAAUAAAGCAGUUGGGAAUCCUUAGCUUAAUUAUUACGAGAUACAUGUUUCAGAACCGAGGGAAAGUCAGACAAGUAUGCUGAGAAACGGUCCCAAGAUCGCGGCAUCAGGGUACUCUUUAUGUCAUGCUAGAUUUACUAUUGGUAUAGACAACCUAUUACGAUCUCCUGUCAAUGUCAGAGUUUAGUUACUUUAGUGACUUAUCUUGAAAACCAAAAAAAAAACUUUUAGCACAGAACUUCAUUAUCAGCAGUAUCAAAAGCUCAACUGUAAUCAAGCAAAAUCAAACAAAAUGCUUUAUUUCGAUCCGUCUGACAAAGCAUGUUAUAAGAUAUUUUAGUAAGCGCAGUAAGACAUCCAAAAGAUUUACGAAAACCUGUGUAACUAUAAUAAUUUUGUUCUUGAAUAAGAAAUCACUUAUCUGUUGAUAGAGCAGGUAAGAUGCUAAUUGUUCUUAACUGUGUAAUGCACAUAUUUAUGAUGUGUGUUAAACCCAGUAGCAUUAGUUUUUAUAGAAGUCAAACAAUUUUUAAUAUCAGCCUGACUAACCUUAUUAAAAUUUAAAUUGGAAUUUAAUUGGUUUUUUGAAGUUGAAGUUGUACUUCAGUUGGAAAAACACAAUGCAUAAAAAUAAUCUUAUGGUUGGUUAGGUGAGAUGGUAAAGCACUAUUUUUUUUAUUAUUUGGAGAAGUUAAGUUUGCAGAAUUAAAAUAUAAGUUGCCGUACUCUAUCGGACCUUUUAUGUGUUGAGAUUUAAGGGGGCCGUGGCCUCUUCUCCACCACGUGUUCGGGAUUACGAGGGAACCCUGAUUGUAUGUUUGUUCCGCAUGUAGCACGUCUAUAUACGCGAGGUUUCCAAAAGUAUAAUAUAUUUAUAAAUAAAUAAUAUGACGCACUUAAUAAAGUUAUUUUCUCCACUAGGAUGCUUGUUGAACCCUAAAUAAUUCCCGCAUGUUGUUCCAUGCGGUUUGUGUAAAUAUCCAUCAUUAAAAGAAACGAAAGCACAGGUAGUCCAAUUUCUCUUAUUAAUGAAGAUUUGCUUUUUCAAAAAAGUGAUAUUUUACCAUAUGUUCAAAAUCAGGUUUAUUUAGGAAUAAAUAAGUCACAGUUACAUAUACAAAGACAUUAUAUUAGUAAAUGGUUGUAAAUUGGAAAUCACUUUUCAUGUUGUUCCACAAGAAACAGAAAUAUUAUUAGGUCGAAAUUUUAUUAGGGCUUUUAGUUUAUUUGUUUAAAUAGUGACUAUUAAAAAGAAACGUAAGUCAAAUUCAAAAUUCUCAAAUAAAAUUAAUAAACUUACAUAUAUGUAUCGAUCAUGUAUUUAUCUCUGAGAAAUGGAUAAAACAUGUGGAGAACAGUAUCUUUCGACUAUCUUCUCGACCAUCUAAACCUACUGUUAAUUAUAAAUAAAAAAAUAAUUUUAAACCUAAUUGUCACCAGUCGUUUUAUAAGCAACAUGAAACCAAAAGACAUGUUGAUGAGCUUUUGGAAAAAGGAAUUAUAAAGCCUUCAGGGUCAGAGUAUGCGUCGAAAGUUGUUUUUGUGAACAAAAAAGAUGGAACAUCUAGAAUGUGUAUUGAUUUUCGAGAAUAAAAUAAACACGUUUUGAAAGAUAAUUUUCUUUUACCGAUUAUUGAAGAAAAAAUAGAAAAAUGAUAAAAUAAAUCUUAUUUCACAAAAUUAGAUUUAAAGACUGCAUUUUAUAACGUGAAAGUUCGUGCCAGUGAUACAAAAUACUUUCGUUACUCCACAUAACCAGUAUCAAUUUUUAAAAGUUCCUUUUGAGUGCUGUGCAUUCCGCUGAUUUUUAAAUUUAAUUUUCAGUGAAACUUAUUCGAAGCGGAAACGUUUUGCUCUAUAUGGACGAUUUAUUUAUCGCCACAUCUGAUUUUGAAUCUUACAUUAAAAUUUUGUCAGCUGUUUUUAAAUUACUUAAAGAAAACUUAAUUCUAAAGGCUUUUCACCUAAUAAUGAUCACAUAAAAUCCGUUGUUUCAUUUUCCAGCCCGAAAAACCAAAAAGGGUUACCUAGCUUUAUUGGCUUAAAUUCAUAUUUUCGUAAAUUUACUCAAAAUUUUAAAAUCUUAUGAAUUAAUGAAACAUAAUUCUGAAACGAACUGAAGUGUUUAGAUAUAGUGUAUUCUAUAAAACGUUUUAAUGUUUACCUCCAAGGUAUACCGUUUAAAAUAGUAACUGAUUCGGAUACUUUUCAUUUAAUAAAAAGGAUAUUGUCCCACGAACUAUGAGAUGGGCUGUAUUUUUGAAAUCUUACAACUAUACUAUUGAACAUAUUGAACAUAGUCUGCAUCAAGUACGUGUCAAUAUAUUUUGGUGCUCGAAAAAAUUUUUUUAUAAAAAAUCAAACAGCAAAUUGAUCCUGAUAUCACGGAAGUUCGAAAUAUUAUGGAUGAAUUAGAAUCUCAAUUCCAAGUAAAUUAUAGAAAUUGAUUUGAUUAUAUUAAAGAGAAAAAAUCUGGAAAUUUAUUAUUUUAUGUCCCUAGGUCUCUAAUUCCUAACAUUAUUAGAAUGUAUCACGAUAAGGUUGGUCACGUAGGUGGAGAAACAACUUUCAAGCUAAUUUUAAGCACUAACUGGUAUCCAAAGCUGUUUUCAUGUGUCAAACAGUAUAUUUUAAAUUGUUUAAGAUGUAUCACCAAAUUAUUGUAAAAGGGCGGGCGAACUUCACAAUAUUCCCUAGGGUAAUAUACCUUUCGUUACGGUUUACAUUUACCAUUACGGUCCACUAGAAAAAUGUAGUAAUAGAGAUAAAUUUAUUUUUGCUAUUAUCGCUCGUUUUAAAAAAUUUUCCCAAGUAAAACUGCUAACGCAAAAGAGGGUAUAAAACAUUUGAAAGAAUAGUCUGACGCAUAUAAACGAUUAAUUUCGUGGUAAUGUGUUUACUUGAAACGCCUUUCAGGAAUUCCUGAAGAAAAGAAAUGAAAUUAUACAGAAUGUUUUAAUUGCUACCGGUGGUGGUUAUCUGAAUCUCCAGAACUUUGCAAACAAAAAUUAAAACAAGUAAUUAACAACACAAACCGCUAAAGUACGGGGGAAGCUCCAAGUAAAUUUCUUUUAUAUGCAUAUCAAAACGGAUUUUGUCACGAUUCACUAAAUUCUAUGCUAGAGACAAUAUAUGAAUGGAUUGAUCUUCAAUCCUUAAGAGAUAAAGCUUCACGAAAUAUCGAGAAGAGUCAAAAUUAUAACAAAAUUAGAUAUGAUAAAUCAGAUAGUAACGAUAAACAUUGAUUUAGAAUUUUAUUCGCUACAAACUGACAUUAAGAAAAAAUACGUACAGGGUAUAAUUAUCAUAACCAUAAUUUGAAAUCAGUUUGCCAAUGUGUCAGCCUAUAAUUUGCUUAAUUUUGAUAAACAAAUAGUUGAAGAUUUGGCUACAGUUUUGUAUGUGAAACAUUUCUAAAGUUCAAAAUUCGACAGAAUAUAUUUUUCUAAUAAAACUUUUAUCAUUUUAAAAUAUACAGUUCCUAGUAUAUUACUCUAUAUGUAACAUAAUUAACAAAAUAAAUGAUUCUGAUAUAUCGUUUUUUGGACAAUAUUUUAUACGAGAACGAAAUAGUGUGUAUCAUGACCACUCAAAUUCUGUCGCUCCAUUUAGGUGUAAAAUUAGGUAACUAGGUACGCCUAUGACGUCAGCUGAUGUCAUCAGGUCACCUAGGGCAACGUCAGUGCUACAUCAAAAUGAUUGUUGGGGAUAAUGUACAAAUAUUUUCAAGCCAGCCCUGCGUUUAAUGCGUUUUCGGAUAUAAUUUAAUAUGCCAACUAUCAUUUCGAUGUUUGCACGGGCUUUAUUAACGGAAAAUAACGUUCUCGGAUGUUUAUAAUACCUUUUUGAGAACUUCAAGCAAUAAUGAUGUGGACUAAAUAUUAUUAAGCGAGUUAGCGUCCGUUCCUAUCAUAAAAAUGUUAACAGCGGAAUUGCUGCCGACCAUAUUCAUAUUCUCACAGAAAAUAUUCACGUACAAGAUAUACAUGAGGUCAAUGAUAUAUUCGAUUUUAAUUGGAAUUGUCUUGUUGUGCUGGGAGGAGUAUUACAUGCUGCUUAAUAUCAAGGAUCUAAGUUUUUCCCAGUACGCACCGUACCAUUAUUUGUGCGUUUACAACAUGUGCUGUCGGUUCGCCAUCGUAUGGAAGCAUUCUGAUCCUACAGCAAUCGCACUAUUCAAAAGUAUUUGCUGGAGUUCCGACUCCGUUGACCUAAAGACGCAACAGAAUAUCCGGAAAGACGCCAACUAUGUCGACAAUCUUUUCAAGAUGCAAUUGGUCUCUGCAUUUUUGUGCACAGUGAUCUUCCACGUGGAUUUCGUCAGGCUGAGGGAAAUGAGCAUCUCUAUAUUUUACGUCAGCCAGUAUUUUCCGCACCUGGAAACCGCUGUCAUCUUCGCGGAGAUUACAUUGUGGAUAUACGGGAGCCUGGGUAUGAUUCAGUGCCCAUUUAUGUUGUUCUACUACAUUAUACACACCGUGUAUCAGCUCGAGAUGUUUAAUGCUUAUAUAACGAAAACCAGAUCCGUAGGUUACAAGUUUUCAGCUGAGAGUGCAGCAUUUCAGAAGCUGCAGCGGAAGAGGUUGAUUGACCUCAUUGAUCGUCAACAAGAGAUCAAACGAAUGACGGUGCUCUAUCUAAAUAUUUUUUCCAACAGUGCCUUUUUUUACACCGUAGUAGCGAUGCUUACGUCAUUAGCGGUACUUUUUUACAUAUUUUACGAUGAUAGUGAGCACUAUCGUGCGCACAUGUUGCUUCUAAUCAGUUUAUAUACAACAGUUAUGUUCGUGGUUAUGAAAUACGGCCAACGAUAUGAAGAUGAGUUUGAAAACGUUUUUCUGAACCUUUCUUCAGAACCUUGGUAUGACUGGAAUACUCUAAAUCGAAAAAUCUACAUGACAAUGUUAAUGAAGUCGCAAAAACCCGAAACUGUGAGAAUGGGCAAGUUGGCAGACCUGAAUUGCGUCUUUGGGAAAAACAUUUUUCAAGGAAUUUUCACUGUCGCCAAUAUGUUCAACAGUUUACAAAAUUAGACCCCCACAAGGACCAUCCGAUCGAACAAAAUAAAGAAUUUCGUCAUUUUUGAUGUGUAUAAUGAAAAAUAUACCUCUUAUAUAUAAAAAUAAAUAUACGUAUGACCUAAAAAUCAACCGGGGGCAGAUCUGGAGGCG